UGAUCUUGCUCCGCAAGGUAACUGUCGCCGAAUAUUUUACGUAAACAUCUCAGCGAGAUGCACCCAUUCGCAUCCUAUGUACUGCGAAGUUAUUACCGUGCAACAGGAUGGAACGAAGACAACUUGUACGCUAACUUGACCCGUUCUUCUAACGCUAUACUGGACUUCAGCGUCCCUCGUGGGUUGCAUCUGUCCAUAUCCAAAGCUCCUAAUGGACUCUUCAACACCUCGUAUUCCAUGAACGCUAUGCCGUCGCUCAACGGCUCAGUAGGCUACAUAUUUACAUCCUGCAACCUCGACGUGAAGAGCUCCGGUAGUGUCCGUUUCAAGGACAUGGUCGAGCGUUUCAAGGUGUACGACCAACCUCGUAGGCCAGAAGGAAAGGAGGAAGAAUGGUUCGCUGGAGAGCGCGCUGACACACGUGACUAUUUGCUCUAUGGCCGAUUGUACCUGCCUACUGGUAGACUCGAUGCACUCUAUUCCACGCGCUUAUCCCCCACUCUACAGGCACUUGUCGCAGCCAUAUCAGAUCCACGGUCCACUCUCUCUUCCGAGAAGCGGUCUCGAGGCGACAAUGUCAGCAACGUCAUGUUCAGCCUACAGCAUGACAUCGGAAAGUGGUGCUCUGAAUAUACGUACAGCGCAGAAGACGGGAUGUUGGGUGUGCGCGUCUUGCAUAACUUUGGUAGGCUCAGGAAUCCAACAGAGCCUCCUGAGGAUUUGGCCUCAUCUCCUGGAACAAGACCUAAACGUGUUGACGAAGAAGAGGCAACCGGCGGCGGUCUGAAGGGCAGAGUUUCUGCUGGUGCAGAGUUCUACAUCAGCGCAAAAGAGAGGAGUGCCGGAGUAUCCACAGGAAUUCGUUUCACAACUCUCCCCGAUGCAACCCCGCCAUCUUUCCAAUCCCCUCAACCAUCAUCCUCACCACUCGCCCAAUGCUCUCGGUCGCCCCCAUCUCAACCACCGACGACUAUCACCGCUCUUUUCAACCCGAUGAUGGGACAUAUAUCCACGGCUUAUGCUGCGCGUGUAUCGCGUGACCUCUCAAUGUGCUCUCGGUUCGAUUUCAACGUCUACAGUUAUGAUAGCGAGUGGACGAUGGGUGCUGAAUGGUGGAUGCGACGAGCUCCCUCGAAGCAUGAAGAUGAGCUCGAACCGUCACUUAUUCCUCCAGAGCAACCACCGGUUCCUGUUCCACAGGCCGAGUCUCUUGAUAUUCCUUCCGAUAUCCAUGGAGUGGUGAAGGCGAGGAUCUCGACCAACAACAAUGUCUCAUUGAUGUGGGAGGGUCGCCUGAAGCAGAUGCUGGUUAGCUUGGGUUUCGUGUCGGAUCUCUCCAGUAGGUCAAAACCAAUAAAGGCCAUAGGACUAGAGUUAUCAUAUUUCAGCGCUGGUUGAUCUAGAGUCCCCUGCAUGCACAUAUCUUAGACUGACAG